CGAGAGUCCGAGACUGUGCGGUCUGUUUUCUCAGAGUGUCCUUAAAAGUUAAACCGCUAGCAAACUCACUCGCUCGCGGCUCACUCAUUCAUAUCUCGCCUCCUUUAGGUUUUCGCUGGUUCAUUCCUUUGGUGCGUUUGGCUAUGGCGGACGAGAGCGUGGCGGGGUCCGCUGAUUUUCCUGUGAAGAGGCCCAGGGAGGAAGAAGAGAACGGCGCCGCAGCUGCUGCCUCAGCCGUCUCCAUGGAGACUGACGGUAGCAAGGAGCCGGAUUCUGUCUCCGCUGUCAUUCCCGGCUGGUUUUCUGAGAUUAGCUCAAUGUGGCCAGGAGAGGCACACUCCUUGAAGGUAGAGCAGAUUUUGUUUCAGGGAAAGUCUGACUAUCAGAAUGUGAUGGUCUUCCAGUCAGCGACAUAUGGAAAGGUUCUUGUGUUGGAUGGGGUGAUUCAGUUAACAGAAAGGGAUGAAUGUGCCUAUCAAGAAAUGAUUACUCAUCUCCCACUCUGCUCAAUUCCAAAUCCAAAGAAGGUUUUGGUUAUUGGUGGAGGAGAUGGUGGGGUACUGAGGGAAGUGGCUCGUUAUUCUUCGGUUGAGAAGAUUGAUAUAUGUGAGAUCGAUAAGAUGGUGAUUGAUGUGUCUAAACAGUUUUUCCCUGAGGUAGCUAUUGGAUAUGAGGACCCACGGGUCACACUUCAUGUUGGUGAUGGAGUUGCAUUUUUGAAGGCUGUUCCUGCAGGAACUUAUGAUGCAGUAAUAGUGGAUUCUUCUGACCCAAUAGGUCCUGCAAAAGAACUUUUUGAGAAGCCCUUUUUCCAGACAGUAGCGAAUGCUCUUCGUCCGGGAGGAGUUGUGUGUACACAGGCAGAGAGUAUAUGGCUUCACAUGCACAUCAUUGAGGAUAUUGUGGCAAACUGUCGCGAGAUAUUCAAAGGCUCUGUCAACUACGCAUGGACUACAGUCCCUACAUAUCCAAGUGGCGUGAUUGGUUUUAUGCUUUGUUCUACCGAGGGACCUGCUGUGGAUUUUAAGCACCCCGUGAAUUCAAUUGAUGAGUCGAAACGAUCCUUGAGAUUUUACAACUCUGAGAUUCAUACAGCUGCUUUCUGUCUACCAUCUUUUGCGAAGAAGGUUAUUGACGCAAAAACAAAGUGAGGAACACUUUAGUAGCAUCCAACAAGCAGAAUUGUUGUUGCCGAGCGCCUUUUUAUCCCGUAGUUGAAAUAGUUUAAUUCAGAGCAAUGAACCAUGGAAUAAUUUGAUAUUUGAAUUGCUGUUCUAGAGUCGAUCCCUAUUGGGAUUAUUGGAGCUGUAGUAGUGAUGUGAACAGUGUUUUCGAAGAUCGUCUUUCCGCAUGAUUAAUUACAGAGAUGGUUAUAUA